GACCACAGCGCCGAUCGUCUGCCGGCCGUCCUCGGGUAAGGACUCCGCCUGACUCACGCGAAUUCCGUUUUUUUUCCGCGUUCCGGGCCCUUUCCCAUCGUCGCCCCCUUCACCUUGGAUCAUGUUCAAGAAAUUUGAUGAAAAGGAGAAUGUGUCCAACUGCAUCCAGUUGAAAACUUCAGUCAUUAAGGGUAUUAAGAACCAAUUGAUAGAACAGUUUCCGGGUGUUGAGCCAUGGCUCAAUCAGAUCAUGCCUAAGAAAGAUCCUGUCAAAAUAGUGCGAUGCCACGAACACGUAGAGAUCCUCACGGUAAAUGGAGAGUUGCUCUUCUUUAGGCAAAGAGAAGGGCCUUUUUAUCCAACCCUAAGGCUGCUGCACAAAUACCCUUUCAUCCUGCCACACCAGCAGGUUGAUAAAGGAGCCAUCAAGUUUGUACUCAGUGGGGCGAAUAUCAUGUGUCCAGGCUUAACGUCUCCCGGAGCUAAGCUGUACCCUGCUGCAGUAGAAACGAUUGUUGCAAUCAUGGCAGAAGGAAAACAGCAUGCGCUGUGUGUUGGAGUCAUGAAGAUGUCUGCAGAAGAUAUUGAAAAAGUCAACAAAGGAAUCGGCAUUGAGAAUAUCCAUUAUUUAAAUGAUGGACUGUGGCAUAUGAAGACGUAUAAAUGAACCUCAGAAGGAGUGCACUUGGCUAAAUAUGGACAUGGUGCAGUGUCUGAGAUUGUGUCUGUAUGUGGCAGCGUGAAGACAACACCUUUGUGGUUAUGCUGAAUAAAUUCAACAGAUGCUUUGAAAAAAGACCAAGUAAAGAUUUGGAAUGAGUCCACAUGUCUGU